AUGAAUGAUACAUCUUUUUUAUUUUUUGCAGAUGAAAGAGAAGAUAUUCAAAAGAAAACUUUUACUAAAUGGAUUAAUUCCCAACUUUCCAAGGCUGACAGGCCUUUAGUGAAUGACCUGUUUACAGACCUUACUGAUGGUUGUAAUCUUUUGUCCCUCCUGGAAGUUCUCAGUGGGGAAACAUUGAAAAGAGAAAAGGGACGACUACGUGUUCAUCAUAUUAACAAUGUAAAUCGUGCCUUAUAUGUUCUUGAACACAGUUACAAUAUCAAGCUUGUGAAUAUCAGUAGUAAUGAUAUUGUGGAUGGAAACUGUAAGUUGAUCCUUGGGCUUGUCUGGAGUAUUAUUCUUCAUUGGCAGGUGAAAGAUGUAAUGAAAGAUGUAAUGGGAGAUUUACAACAAACAAACUUAGAAAGAAUGUUGCUGGAAUGGUGCAGGCAAAUAACUGAAGGGUACAGCAAGAUAGACUUGAAAAACUUUACUACAUGCUGGAAAGAUGGACUGGCUUUUAAUGCUCUCAUACAUAAGCACAGGCCAGAACUUUUCUCUUAUGAAGAUCUUCUGGAUAAUGACAAUUAUUACAACUUGGACCAUGCUUUUAAAAUUGCUCAUCAGCACCUUGGCAUAGAGCCUCUCUUGGAUCCUGAAGAUGUUAAUGUUGACAACCCAGAUAAAAAGUGCAUCAUGAUGUAUAUAAUGUGCCUCUUCCAGGUCCUCCCUCAUUUUACUAGUAAACAGCAGCAACAAAUAGACACUAAAAAUUCAUCAACUCCAACUACCACUAGGUACAUGGAUUUGUCUACCACUGAAUCUUCUAUGAGUUCCAUCAAUGUAGUUGAAGAAGUCAAUGAAAGCUGUGUUGGAAGUACAGACAAAACUCAAAAUGAGUUGUGGAACUUUACACUAGUUAUUCCUCUAUAUGUACAUUCAUUAAUGUCAUUAAGCAGUGGCACAUCAAGUACAUCAAGUCAUCACAGCAUCAUGAGCACCAGUUCUUUGGAUCUCCUUUCGUACCAGGACAUGUUAGAGAAUGUCCUUGCCUGGCUCUUGGAAGCUGAGGAUGUCAUUGCCAAACAGGAACCUGUUGUGGAUAUUACAAGUACAUCUGCUGUAGGACCUGACCCACCUGGGAUUAUAAAAGUUAAACAACAAUUCAAUGAACAUGAAGAGUUUAUGCUGGAUCUAACAAAACAUCAGGACAGUGUUGGUAAUGUCUUAAAAGAAGGCACUGAUUUGAUUAAUGAAAAGAAAGUGAAUGAAGAAGAGGAACAUGAAAUCAGAGUUCAAAUGGCAUUACUUAACAAUCGCUGGGAGGAUUUACGAUUGAAGGCACUGAGUCGACAAACAAAAUUACAAAAAGUUUUGAUGGAAUUACAACAGCAGCAAUUAAAAGAAUUGGAUAAGUGGUUAACAGGAAUGGAACAAACACGUCUUAAGCAAGAAUCAAUUGGAUCAGACUUGGAAACCAUCAAGAGUCAAGUUGAUCAGCAUAAAAAAUUACAAUCUUCAGUGGAACAACAACAAAAGCUUGUAGACUCUUUACAUAACAUGGUUGUUGUAGUGGAUGAUACCAAUUCUGAAAAUGCUUGUGAAGACUUGGAACAACAACUGGAUUCACUUAGUAAGCGUUGGACUGAUAUUUGUACUUGGACAGAAGACCGAUGGUUAUUAUUACAAGACAUUCUUUUAAAGUGGCAGUACUACAGUGAAGAACUGGAUGUCUUCUGCAAUUGGCUUUCAGACCAAGAACAGCAUCUUAUCAAAAUGAAAACUGCUGACUUGCAGGAUCCUCCUCAGGUUGUGGAACAAGUGAAGAAUCUCAAGGCCAUCGAAAAAGAAAUGGAAUUCCAAGUGCAACGAUUUGAUGAAUUGUAUGAAUGUGGGCAACAAAUAGUACAGUAUGUAGAUGACAAACAGGCCAUACAACGUAUCAGUUGUCAGCUAGAAGAUGUCCAAGAACGCUGGGAAACUCUAGUUCAGAAUAUGGGAACUCAAAGCAAAGAGAUUGCGGGAUCAGGAAUUGAAUUGAGCAACAUUUCCGACCUUAAAGGAAUUCUUGAAACAGAAAAGAUGGGAGAAAUGAAUACGCCAAAGGAGCAGUCUUUGGGAACAGCAAAACGACGUAAGACAGAUACUGCUAUGCGUUUAGAGUUUGAGAUAGACAUGAAGAAAAUGAAAGAAUGGUUUGAAAAAACUGAAUCAACCUUAGCUCUCCUGUCUGUGGAUGAUGAUGAUGAUAAUAAUGAAGAAGAAGUUGCUUCAUCAAAUGAAUCUCAUGAGACAUUCUCAGAAGAAGAACAAUUUGUUUUAAUUCAGGAUACCAAAAAAGAUGUGAAGACACAUGAUGCUGAAAUAUCUACUUUACUUAACACUGGAAUGAAUUUAAUUGAGGAACUAAAAUUAGGUGGCGAAAAUUAUGACAAUGUGUCAAAACUGACUAAAGAACUGGAAGACAGAUGGAAAAACUUGAAUACUUUACUAACUGAAACACAUAGCCAAGUGCUUCUGGAGAUGGAAGCAAAAAAAUUCUAUGAUGAAUUGGAUGCUCUAAAAGAACUAAUGAUUAGUUAUGAGAAGUGGGCCACAACAGCAGAAAAUAUCAGUGAUGAAGCAGUGGAAAUUAGUAAACAACUCGAACAGUGCCGAGUAAAAAUAAAAGCAAUGAAAUCUCAUGAUGUUCGUGUUGAUCAUUUAAAAAACAAAGCUGACGAUUUAAGCAAAAUGAAGAUGAAACCGAAAAGCAUUGGAAAAGUUCAAUUUGACUUGAAUGCUUUCAAUGAGCGUUGGAAUUCAAUUUAUCAAAAAAUUGGGGGACGUGAAGAAUUAUUAGUAAAAGCUUUAGAAGCAGCUCCACCUCGUACUUAUCUGGAUGCAUUGGGUGCUCUUCUGAAAUGGAUAAGUGAUAUGGAGGAUAUCCUUAAUACUGAGAACAUCCGUUUGGAUGGAAUGGAAAGUCUAGAGAAACAAUUUCAACAGUAUAAGGAACUUCAAAAUGAUCUUCAGGAGCAUAUCUGCAGUCUUGAAUAUGUGAACAAAACAGGACAAGAUUUAAUUAAGAAAGCUCAUACAGAUGAUAAAGCCAAGAACUUGGAGUCAGAUCUUGUCAAUUUGAACUGUAGAUGGAGUGAUGUGUAUUCUGCAGUAGAUGAACGAAUGGAGACCUUAGAAAGGACCCUUGGACAACUCAGACAGCUUCAGAAUCAAAUGACUGGAAUGAUUCGAUGGAUGAAAGAAAUGGAUGUUUUUCUGCAUGCUGAUGAUCCUGCUACUGGGGACUUACCAACUCUUGCAGCUCAGAUGAAUGAGAGUAAUGGUGUUCUUGAGGACAUUUUAACAUUGCAAGAUAAUGUUGACAGCAUUAAUGAGCUAAGCAAUCAAUUAUCUCAGCAGACAGACACACCUUUCACUGCUGAUGUCAAGAAACAAGUGAAGGAGUUGAAUGAGAAAUGGGAAAAAGUGGUUGGUUUAGCCCAAGAACAGAACACCCGGCUGGCCAAUGCAAUUCAGUAUAGCAAAGAGAUAUUUAACAAACUGGAGGCUCUCACUAUGUGGGCUGAACAACAUAAACGACAGCUGAACAAUAAAGAUUAUGCUGUGGACAGUUUUAGUGAUUUAUCAAUAAAGAAUAAAAAGUUCAAGUCUCUCAAGCAAGAUGUGAUGGAACAAGAAGUUGAAGUCAACAAACUGAACACAGAUGCAAAUGCUUUGUUAAAUAAGGCCCAAAGUUUGCAGGAACUUGGCCGAGCGCUGAUGAAACUGAAUUCCUUGUGGAGAGAUGUUUACCAGCGAGUGAUGUACUAUUCUGGGGUCUACGAACAAGCUGAAACUAACUGGAACCUUUUCAAAUCUUUGAUGGAAUCUGAAAAGAAAUAUAAAGAAGCUUUGAAAAAGAAAGUUCUACAUGAAACUAACAGUUCUGAUGCUGAAGAAAUCUCUGAGGAACUUGAGGAAUUGGAGAGCUUGAUGAGAGAACACCCAGCAGACUCAAAGGAACGAAUUCAGCAAUUAUCCCAAGAUCUCAUCAACAACAGUAUUAUGGUGAAUAUUGUGAAGGAUGAAUUGGAACAACUGAAAAUAAUGGGUGACUCACUGGAGCACAAGGCUCAAAGUCGAGUUACUCUUUUGGAACAUUCAGCACAUCAAGCCCAAGAAGCUGAACGCAAUAUGCUGGAAUUGUCUCAGUGGAUGACAGAUAUUUCAAAGCAUUUACAGUCUUGGCUGGAUGCUGAUGUACUAGCAGAAGAUAUUCCACAAGAAUAUGAGUCACUAAAGGAGGAGUUCAGGCAGCAGAGUGAACUUUUGAAUGAACUUGAGAAGAGCGCUAUUGUCUAUCAGGAACAGGGAAGGCUUGAAGCAAGUAGCAGACUCAUGCAGCAGACACACAUUCUUAAGCGUCAUUUUGAUGAUGUGAGCCUGAAAUUUCAAAAAUUUCAACGCCCAGGAGACUUUGAACCAAAGAUGAGCCAUGUGAAGCGGGAACUUGGCAGUAUUGAAGAACAGAUUCACUUGCUGGAACUUCACUCAGAAGAUCCUGAUGUUAUUCAAGGACAAUUAGACACUUGCAUUAAAUUCUAUAAAACUAUGAGUGAAUUGAAACCAGAAGUAGAAUAUGUCCUUAAAACUGGGCGUCAAGUUGUGGAGAAGAAACAAGUAGAUUUUCCUGACAAGUUAAACAAGAUACUUGAUGCUCUGAAGCAGCAAUACAAUCAUCUUGGUGGACUGGUAACUCAAGGCAAAGCUGAUUUAGAGAAGGCAGUGAAGCUGUCAAGAAAAUUAAAAAAGGAGAUGACUUCUAUCCAAGAGUUUAUUACUGUCAGGAAAAAUGAGUUAGAAGAAAGAGGAAAGGAUGAAAAAUGUAACUUGGAGGAAGAAACCACUUUUGUUACAACUGUGGAAGGUGAAAUGCAGAAGCGCCAAGUAGUUGUUUCUUCUAUCAGUGAAAUUACAAACCAACUGAAAGACAUGGCAGAUGAUAUGUUUGAGGAUGCUGUUCUUAAAGUUGAUAAACUCAGUCAACAAUGGAAUGAUCUUAGCAAAAUGCUAACAUCAAGGAAAGCAAUGCUUGAGGCUGAGAAUACUCAAUUGGAUGCAAAGUUUAUUGAAUUCCAAAUGUCCUUAAUGAAGGUGAAAGAAUGGCUGACAAAAGCUGAUAGUGCAAUUUCAUCACAUGAUCACUUACCAGUGAUACAGAGGCUUUCAGAAUAUGAACAGGAAAAAAUGAAGCGUAGCCUUUCCAGGGGUGAGCUGGCGAAAAUGAUCUCGGUUUUCUUCGUGACAAAGGUAGGUACGGUCGAGGAUUACCUGUGGAUACGCUCUGUACGAGUUCAUUAG